GGCUUCUUAAACUCUUUCCUCAGCCACUCCGCUUUUUAUCCUUCAAUACCUAAAAGCCUCACCCCAAACGCCAACGAAAAUGGCCGUCUCUGAGGCAUUGGUUUUCCGCGGCACCAUGCGAUCCCAUACCGACAUGGUGACAGCCAUCGCCACCCCCAUUGACAACUCCGACAUGAUCGUCAGCUCCUCGCGUGACAAAUCCAUCAUCCUUUGGCACUUAACCAAAGACGAAAAGACCUACGGCGUCCCUCGUCGUCGUCUCACUGGCCACUCUCACUUUGUCGAAGACGUUGUCCUCUCUUCCGAUUCCCAGUUCGCUCUCUCUGGUUCCUGGGACGGUGAGCUUCGCCUGUGGGAUUUAACCGCUGGAACCUCCGCUCGUCGUUUUGUUGGCCACACCAAAGAUGUACUCUCUGUUGCCUUUUCCAUUGACAACCGCCAGAUUGUUUCGGCAUCUCGUGAUCGAACUAUCAAGCUUUGGAAUACCCUUGGAGAAUGCAAAUACACAAUCCAAGACGGCGAAGCUCAUACCGAUUGGGUUAGCUGUGUUCGUUUCAGCCCAAAUACUCUUCAACCCACCAUCGUUUCAGCUUCGUGGGAUAAGACUGUGAAAGUUUGGAACCUGACCAACUGUAAGAUUCGUAACACAUUAACCGGCCACUCGGGUUAUGUGAACACGGUGGCGGUUUCUCCUGAUGGUUCUUUGUGUGCCAGUGGAGGAAAAGACGGGGUGAUUCUGUUGUGGGAUUUGGCUGAAGGAAAGAAGCUGUACAGUCUUGAAGCGGGUGCGGUCAUUCACUCUCUUUGCUUUAGUCCUAACAGGUACUGGCUUUGUGCCGCCACGGAGCAGAGUAUCAAGAUCUGGGAUCUGGAGAGCAAGAGCAUUGUUGAGGACUUGAAGGUUGAUCUCAAGGCUGAGGCUGAGAAGUCUGAGGUCACGGACACCGGAAACAAGAAGAAGGUGAUAUACUGCACAAGCUUGAACUGGAGUGCGGAUGGAAGCACCUUGUUUAGUGGGUAUACGGAUGGUGUGAUCAGAGUUUGGGGAAUUGGUCGUUACUAGAUGAAGUUACUCUCAACAGAUUGUUAAGAUUUUUGUUUUAAAUGUUUCGAGGAUGUUUUUCUUAUGUCUUGAUAAUGCUAGGCAUUGAGGAGGCCUAUGCUAUUUUGGUUUGGUUUGGUUAUUUUAAUUAGAUAUUUAAUUA